CUGUCAACACCAGGGAGGGUGAUGCUGUCAACACCAGGGAGGAAAUCACACGUCUACAACAUGCUGUCGAGAAGGGACCGCGGCGUCAUUGCCAGCACCUGUGCAAUCGUGAUGGUGACACUGUUCCUGUUUCAUUCCCCUCUGGUAAGAAGACCCAGUAGUGUGAUUGUUCCACCACCAGUCGUCAGUAAAGGCAACGUCGAUGAGAAAACUUUCCAGUCACAUAAACGACGCGUGCCUUUGGUUGAUAAAUCGCCACUCGCCAGUCUCCGUCGCCUUGGUUCGCUGGACAUUCCUUCCAAAGACGUACUGGAUAAACUGAACAGUUCCAGGUUGUUCAAGAUCUACCACAGUUACCUUGACAACACGAACCACAUGUGUCACCGGAGGUUGCGGAUGGGGAGGGUCGGUGAUGGAGGAUGGGAAGUGUGCGACGAUGAAGAAUUUCGACCAAUCGCACCUUGUCUUGUAUAUUCCUUUGGCAUAAACAACGACUUCACAUUUGACGAUGACGUCGCCAAGUACUACCAGUGCCAAGUCUUGUCCUUUGACCCGAGUAUGAACAAGAAAAGCUACCAGAGGUCGCCGCUGGUUCAUUUCUAUGACCUUGGCAUUGCUGAAUCUGACAGGGUUGCACCGGAAAAGGGCUGGCAACUCCGAUCAUUGUCAUCAUUGAAACGACAAUUUAAUCACACAGAGCGCAUCAUCGACGUGUUGAAGAUGGACGUGGAGAGUGCGGAAUGGAGGGCCAUGCCGCAGCUGGUGACGUCGUGGGAGCUAAACCGGGUGCGGCAGCUGCUGAUUGAGUUCCACGGGGCAUUCAAGACCAGGGCUGCCUCCCUACCUGCCCUCAACCUGUUGGCGGAUCUGCACGCCAUGGGCUUCCGGAAGUUCUAUGUCCACAAGAACCGCGUUUGCCGGUUCAGGUGGAAAGAGUUCCCUGUCAUGAGAACCAGCUGCUACGAGGUUCACUUUGUGAACCAUAACCUGCUGGAGUAGGCGUCUGUGUACUGUUGUAGACAUUAAACUGUUGGAGAGAGAA